ACCGGCCAUCCAGCAGAUCCCCACAGAGCAGCCUCGACUGCCGUAUUCACAGAUCCCAGCUCUCCCAGUUCCUGUUUCCGCCGCAGCCUUUCUACUCAAUUUUGUGGAGCAACAAAUCCCGGCUGCCGCUGCGUCAGUCCCGGUCUCCGCAGCCCCGGUCGGAUGCCGCUGGAAGCCGGUGUACCAUGUCACGGGAACAUCUCAAAUAAAAGAAUCCUGUGGGACUGGAAGGAAACAGCAAGGCGGUGUGGGAGGAGCUGGACAACACGUAGCUGGGCGGAGGGGAGGAGACACCAAACAGGCUGUCACAACACAGACAUCGGAGCAUGCUAGCCAUGCUUUAGCACGCGUAGGAAGGGCUGGUUGAUCGCUGGAGAGACACGCCGCCUUUUCUUACACACUGCUGAGCCACAAACGCGCCCCCCCUCUCAUCUGUCAUUUACUGUACACCAUCCCCUGCAAAGAUGCCAAGGUUGGCGCUGUGGCACUUGUGGUGACGGGGCACAGAGUGUGUGCGCACAUCCGGCAGGCAGGCCGGCGGGUCGGUGGGUGUACAGGCACACCAAGAGGCAUUUUUGGGUGGGCGAGGUUGCACCAUGCGGCCCUGGGCGGGUUCAUGGCGUUGGAUUACCCUGGUGCUGCUGGCCUGGGGCACGCUCCUCUUCUACAUUGGCGGCCACUUGGUGAGGGACAGCGAGCACCCGGAGCGAUCCAGCCGGGAGCUCUCCAAGAUCCUGGCCAAGCUAGAGCGGCUCAAGCAGCAGAAUGAAGACCUGCGGCGCAUGGCCGAAUCGCUCAGGAUACCAGAGGGUCAGGCAGAAGCCGGGUCCCUCGCUGCAGGGAGACUGCGCUCCCUGGAGGACCAGCUAACCAGAGCCAAACAGAAGAUCCACAGCUUCCAGAAACUCACUGGAGAUGGCCCUGGGCCCACUCAGGAGGAGCUGCGGAGGAGGGUGGAGAACGGCGUUAAGGAGUUCUGGUACUUUGUCCGCAGCGAGGUGAAGAAAUUGGCCAGCGCCGAGCCCAGCGAGAGGCAGAAGUACGCCGACACGCUCCUGCAGGACCUGGGACACCAGGAGAGGUCCAUCAUGACAGACUUGUACUACCUCAGCCAGGCGGACGGAGUGGGCGAGUGGAGAGUAAAGGAGGCUAAAGACCUGUCGGAUCUGGUCCAGAACAGAAUCACCUACCUACAGAACCCCCCAGACUGCAGUAAGGCGAGAAAGCUGGUGUGUAACAUCAAUAAGGGCUGUGGUUAUGGCUGCCAGCUCCACCAUGUCGUCUACUGCUUCAUGAUCGCUUAUGGCACCCAGCGCACGCUCAUCCUGGAGUCCCACAACUGGCGCUAUGCCCCCGGUGGCUGGGAGACCGUCUUCCUGCCUGUCAGCAACACCUGCACCGACCGCUCUGGGGCCACCACUGGACACUGGUCAGGAGAGGCCCACGAUAAGGACGUCCAGGUGGUGGAGUUGCCUAUAGUGGACAGUCUCCACCCACGGCCCCCCUACCUGCCCCUAGCGAUCCCCGAGGACCUGGCCCCACGCCUGCACCGUCUGCACGGCGACCCCUCCGUCUGGUGGGUGUCGCAGUUUGUAAAGUACCUGGUGCGCCCGCAGACGUGGCUGGAGAAGGAGAUCCAGCAGACCACCGCCAAGCUGGGCUUCAAACACCCCAUCAUCGGAGUCCAUGUGAGGAGGACGGAUAAAGUGGGGACAGAGGCGGCCUUCCACCCCAUAGAGGAGUACAUGCUGCAUGUGGAGGAACAGUUCCAACAUCUGGCCAGACGUGUUCAUGUCGACAAGAAACGAGUUUACCUGGCCACUGACGAUCCCUCCCUGCUGCAGGAAGCCAAGACCAAGUAUCCAGACUAUGAGUUCAUCAGUGAUAACUCCAUCUCGUGGUCGGCGGGCCUUCACAACCGCUACACUGAGAACUCACUGAGAGGAGUCAUCCUGGACAUUCACUUCCUAUCUCAGACCGACUUCCUGGUCUGCACCUUCUCCUCACAGGUCUGCCGUGUGGCGUACGAGAUCAUGCAGACACUGCAUCCAGACGCCUCCUCCUUCUUCUACUCCCUGGAUGACAUCUACUACUUUGGAGGUCAGAACGCCCACAACCAGAUCGCCAUCUACCCCCACCAGCCGCGCAACAGCGAAGACAUUCCCCUGGAGCCUGGAGAUGUGAUCGGCGUGGCGGGCAACCACUGGGACGGAUACUCCAAAGGCAUCAACCGCAAACUGGGCCGCACCGGCCUCUACCCUUCCUACAAGGUGAAAGAGAAAAUCGAGACGGUGAAGUACCCGACGUACCCCGAGGCAGACAAACUGCUCAACUCUCAAAAGAAGUAAAUAAAUAAAUAAGUAAAUAAAUGAAAAAAAUAAAAGAAGAGGAGCGAGGAGAAACACGCAGACUCCGAUUCCAGGGAAGGAGGCUGCUUUUUGUACAGAAAAGAGAGGCGUACUCAGUGCGCUAAGCUGGGAAGAAAAGAAAAAGCCUGUACCCAGGGGUGAUAGGAACGAGAAUGCACUCUUGUGUGUUUAUGUGAGAGCGCGUGUGUUUACGUAUGCGUGCGCGAAUGUGUGUGUGCACUUGUGUAAAACGCCUGUGCAUAUGUCAGGUCAUGGAAGACUUGCACCCUACCACUACUCCCCCCCCCCCCCUUCCCGCCCCAACCCCCGCGCCCGGCGCUCUGACGUCGUGCUCUGUAGAGAUGUAGACGUGAACAUUGAUUUUAAAUAAAGCAAGAAAAACAAUUAAAAUCUACACAACUGACCGAGCUCGUCUCCGGGGACAGGACUGGGACUACUGUAAGACUGGCACACACACGCCCCAGAGUGAGCUCCGAAUCAAUGACUGAUAUUAAAAAAAAAAAAAAAAAAGAGAGAGAGAGAGAGAUGACAAACUGGAAAAAAGUGUUUUGAUUUUUAUUUAAUUCUUUUCAGUGGUUUUGAUUCUAAUCUUGCCUUUUUUUUUUUGUUUCUUUUUCUCCUGAUUAGUUUUCGUUUACUGAAUGUACUGUAUCUUCUUCUUGCCAUGCUCACUGCUGCUCCCCCUUCCUCCUCUUCCUCCUCCUGCUCCACUCACUGUGCUUCCUCCAUCUCGUCUCUACAUGUGCAAUUAAUUUUUACCAUAUUGUGCUUUUAUCAAGUGUUUUUAACGGUCUUAAUUUCGUGCGUGUGGGGCUUGUGCAUUGUAUACUGUACAGUGUGUGUGUGUGGACGGAUGCGUGCGCGAUCAAAGUGUGCCUGUGUGUGCUGUUUAAGUCUAACGGGGCCAUGUCACGACCUGGUGCCUGAUUAAUGGUGAGCAGUGUGUGUUUUUAUUUCCGGCUUUCCUCCUGACUGAAUCGUGUUCGUGUGGCCGGCAGGAGACUGGCAGUGACAGUGGGGACUGUCCACAGUCCCUCCCUCCUCCCCCCUCCUCCUCCUCCUCCUCCUCCCACAGCACUUGGAACAAUGGUGAACUCCAGUCACUCCGCUGGUGACCUCUAGUGAACAAUGGUAAGAUUAUGUGGAGUAUGGUGAACUCAUGGUGCACGCACACACACACACAUACAGACACAGGAGCCGUCCCGAGGCUCACCAAAAAGAAGCACUCCACUGAGAUAAUGUCCUUUUUCGGCAUCUCUGCUGUCUCUUCUGUCCAUCUGUUUGUUUUUUUACUUUUUAACAUUGCUGUUUUAAAAUAAAUGAAAAAUAUGCCUAUGUUUAAAAAUGAUGAUGCUAUGUCAUAUCAAACUCAGAGUCCCCACCAUGAAGGCUUUUUUUUCAUAACUUAUGUUCUUGGGCAUUGUCUUUGAUAACCACAGAUCGAAUAAACUUGAGAAACCAACACGGCA